CACUAAACAGAUAUUGCUUGAAGUGAUAUGGCUUUCCACGAUCGAGGAUUUGCCUCGACUGGAACACAAUCUGCAUUUAGCACUCAUCCAAAGCCUUCACCUGGUACUGCCAUGCCCGAGAAUGACUUCCAGAAAGACCUCGACGCUUUCCGGCAUACCGUCUCAGCCGCUUGCACGUCUCUCCUGGCCAAACAUAAUGACAGACAUAUUUAUGGGUCCAAUACUCUGGAAGCGUACCAGAUGUUGCAAGGUCAACAUCUAGAUCUGCAGGACACUGUUAGAAAACUAAUGGAACACCAAAAGGACCUCGAGCGACAGCUAGAGCAAAGUGGACAGCUAAUAUGCCAUCUUCAGCAGAGACUUGACCAACUCUGCAUUGGGGCAUCUUCGCCGCAGCCUGAUUCCAUAGAGGAAAAUGAGAAUGCUCAUUUGCGAUUACGGAUCUUGGAGCUUGAAUCAGAUUUGGAAGUGUGGAAAGAUCGCUGUCGGACGGCUCAAAUCUCCGGCCAAGCGGCGGUCAGUGCUUAUGAAAUGAGGCGUGUUAAAAAAGAAUACGAGGAUGGUGAUAUAAAGACGAGCCCUACUCUUAAGGCGUCAGACUCAAGUAUAUCACUCCUGCUACUGGAUAACGACUGCUCUCCGGAAGUCCAAAAGAAAAAGAAGGACAAGAGGAGACGCAAUAUGUCUUAA